CGGAAUGCCGAUCGCCAGUCGCUCGCGGAGCGUUUUUCGUCGCAGAGAAGACGCCGCGCUCACUGUCGCCUAGAAAGCACGCGGGCAGCGUCUCGCGCUGCGUCCUGUGAUCUAUCAGCGGGAUCUAACGGGAGAGGUAUGGCCUCGUGCUCGGGGAAGACGAACCAGCCCCCGGGCGCGUGCAACGGAAGCGCUGCGGAAUUCUCCCUGGCGGAGCACGAGCUGUACGACCAUCAGAUGCACACGAGGAUGUGCAAGAAGAUCGCGCAGCUGACGAAGGUGAUUUAUUCCCUCAACACUAAGAAUGAGGAGCAGGAAGCGACGUUGGAGACCCUGCGGCGUGUGACCACCGAGACGCAGGGCUCCCUUCAGCCGACCACCAGUCCAGAUGACGAGGAGGAGGAGUCGGCGUCUGCCCUCAGGACCCGACUCUUGGAGCUCCAGGCCACAGUAGAAGAGGUGGAGGAGCGCGGACAGAGGGCUGAACUGGAGCACGCGGAGCGCCUGGCUCUGUUAACACAGGAGGCCGCAGAUCUGCGCCGAGACUGCCAGAGUCUGCAGACGGAGAGAGACGGCCAGCGCAGGCUGAUGCAGCAGAUCCAGGAGGAGAACAAACGCCUGCAGGAAGAAUGUCAGCAGCUGCGGCAGGAGAAGGACAAAGACAGAAAGAGAGAGGAGGACGAGAAGAGGAGGAGAGAGGAAGAGGAGAAGAAGAAAGAAAGUGAGGAGCAGAGGAGAGAAGAGGAAGAGAGGAAGAAGGUGGAGGAGGAGUGUGAGAAGCGACUGCACUCGCUGAAAACAGAGCUGCAGGCCCUGCGGGAGGAGAGAGAGAGAGCGGAGGAGGAGUGGAGGACGGAGAGGGAGGAGUGGAGGACGGAGAAGGAGGAGUGGAGGAGCAGGAUGAGGGCGAUAGAGGAGGAGAGGAGAGAGGAGCAGGAAGCGGCGAGGAAAAGCCUCAAUGAACACAUGAGCCAGUGGCAGCAGAGAGAACAAGAGAACCGCAAAUCCCAGAAUACAAUGCUACAGCAGAGGCUGAAGAAGGUGGAGUCAGAGUUGGAGACAAGAGAGCUGAGACUGAAUGAGAGCAGCAGACACAUCAGUAAAUUACAGGAGAGGAUAGAGGAUCUGGAGGAGCAGCUGGAAAACGGGCAUCACCAGGUUGAAACUGCAGAAAGAGUAGCUAAGAAGGCAGAGGAGGAGCUCGCUGUGGCCAAAGAGCGGCUACUGCUGCAGGAGAACGAACUGCAGAGCAAAUCAGAGGAACUGCUGAGUCAGAGCUCCUCUCAGGUGAGAGUGUCUGCUGAGGUGGAGGAACUGAGGUCUCAGCUGAGUCGCCUGAACAUCAGGAAUAAAGAGCUGGAACUUCAGAACAGUGGACGAACUAACGACCACGCCCGCAUGCUCAAACAGCACGCAGAUGCUCUGUCCUCCAUGCGUCUGGAGCUGCAGCGCGCUCAUGCCGAGGAGAUCCGACGCCUCCAUCAGGAGGUGGAGAAAGAACGAGGGAACGACAGGCAGGAGCUGGAGGAAGAGAAGAAGCGAGUCCAGCAAAGGAUGGAAGAGGAGAAAGUCCGUCUGAAAGAGCAGCUGCGGAAAGCGCUGGAAGAAGUGAUCCGCAAACACGCCAGCGAGCUGCGACAGACCAAUGCCUCACUGGAGGAAGAGAAGAAGAAAAGCCAGCAGGCUGAAGAACAGAAGAAGGCUGCUGAGGAGGAGAGACGGACUCUGGAGACGGAGAGAGACGAGCUACACAAGCAGCUACAGCUCUCCGUCGCUGAGAUCAGCAGGCUGGAGGCUGAGAUCCACACACUGGAGGAGGAGAAGGAGGAGGCACAGAGGAGAGAGCAGGAGAGAGAGCAAGAGUGGGAGAGAGAGAAGGAGAGGGACAGAGAGAGACAGAGGGAGAGAGAGGAGGAGAUCAGCCUGCAGCCACCCUGCGGACCUGAGUGUGAGAGAGUGAGGCAGGAGCUGGAGCACACACACAGCAGUGUGCAACAAAUACAGGCGGAGUGUGAGACUCUACAGUCAGAGAUCUCGGCUCUGAGGAGCGAGAAGGAGGUGCUGCAGCAGUCAAACCACGGCACAGAGGAGCGGAUCAGGCUGCAGUUUGAGAAGCAUUUCUCUGAUCAUGUGGCAGAUCUACAGAAGGAGAGAGAGAAAGAGAUCAGAGACAUUAACCUGCACUGGCAGCUCAGAGUUCAGGAACUACAGACACAGCUGGAGGAGAGGAGCGCUCUCUCGGAGAGGAGCGCGCAGGACGGAGAGAGGGAUCGCUGCUACGGUAACGGAGAGAUGGAGAGGAUGAAGCUGGAGAUCCAGAAAACCAGAGAAAUGAACAGUUCACUGAGAGCUCAGCUCCACUCCACCAUCCAGGAGAAGGAGAGGCUGAUGAAGAAGCAGCAGUUACAGGUCGUACAGGAGGAAGACGAGGAUGAGGAGGCAGUGAGGGAGGAUAAAGUGAGGGAGGAGGAGCGGGACGAGCGUGGUAUGCGUCAGCGAGAGGACGAGUUAUUGCGGGUAGAGAGACUCAGUCACCAGCGGGCGCUGCAGGCUCUGGAGUCACGCGCCAGCGAAGAGCUGCAGGCUGAGAAGCAGCGUCUCCACACGCAGCACAAACUACAGCUGGAGAAGCAGAAAGCAGAGCUGACUCAGCAGCACACUGAGUGGGUGAGGCAGGUGACUCAGAGACACAUGCAGCAGAUUGAGGACCUGCAGACUGAACUCCAAACCCACACACAGAUGAUGGCCCUGCAGCAGGACCUGAAGCAGCAGAACCGGGUACAGUCGCUGGAGAGGCAGCUGGACGAGAGGAGCAGCGAAGUGCAAGAGCUGAAGAGAGAGAAUGAGGAGCUGCGGGAACGAGUGAACGCUCUCAGGUUGGAGCGAGAGUCCAGCAGCAACCACAAACACACAAGCAGUUCAUGGAAGGAGAGAAAAGACGAGUGCAGAAAGAGGGAUGUGACGGAGGAGAGCGGUGACGGAGCACAGGGGGAGAUGGAGACCAUGAAGAAAGAGCACAGAAUGGAGAUCCAGACCAUAAUGUCAGACUUCAGCUCCGCCCAGACGCAACUCCAGGCCCGCAUCGUCGCCUUGGAAACAGAGCUGAGAGAGAGGGAGGAGAAGGGGAAGAGACGAGUGGAGGAUCUGCACACCAUCGCCAAACUGCAGGACAAGCUCAGCGACAGAGACCAGCUCAUCAAGAGGCUCGUGGAAGACCUGCAUCAGCUAUCCCAGCAUCCCCCUCUCGGCAGAGACGGAACGGUGAAGCUCCACGACUCCAGACUACGACCAGGAAACCUCACACCUGCUGUGAAGAAGAUGGUUGAAGACGUACCACCACGUGUGACCAGCGUACCGAAUCUCAGCUCGCUGGAGGGCAGUUCCCCCAAGGCCACACGGUCCCCCAGUAUGGAGCAGCAGGGUUCCCGCGGUCUACCCAGCUCAGAGCAGGGCGGGCGUGGGGUCCUGCUGUCACGGACACACACUCCGACUUCCCCCCACGCUGAAGCCCGGGCUGCUGCUAGACACACACACUCUCCCAUUCAAGACCUCCAGCACCAGCUACACCUCAACUACAGCCAGCACAUCAGGACUCCGUCCGAACAGAGAGUGAUCGAAACAGGACCGGACCCUCAAGACCCACAGAGACAGGAGUGGUUCACCAAAUACUUCUCCUUCUGAACCGACGCACAGCUCAGCAAGAGUUUCUGACACAUUCAGCUAUUAUCAGGAGAUCCUUGUUGGACUCUCCCUCAGUGUGUAAUGGUCUGGGCUGGUCAGGGGACUAGAAUGACCAUACCAAAAGCAGGAUUCUUUGGGGAGGGAACCACUUCUGUGUGGAUCUGGAGGAACAGCUUGGAUAUUGUUUUAUUUCUGCAGUUACCGACUUUCAGCCCUCCGACACCAACAGGUCGAUUUUCCCUAGCGUGAUUUGGAACUUCACUCAUUGAUCCUAGAACUGUUUCCAGAGAGUCUGCAGUUUAAACCAGGAUUAUGGAUCCACAACAAACAGCAUAAAAGACAAAUAAAUACACUUUUCAUGUUUCCUUCAUCUCCACCCAACAUUUCAACAAUUCUGGACAGUAUCAAAUAUCAUCAGCCUGCGAACUGACAGAAUUCAGUAUUACUUUACUGUAAACAACGGGGUGAUCGCAUGGAAGCUGCGGAGUUAAACGUCUCUGUUCCAGCCUAGAAACGCUCUCACUGCUGCUCUGUUUCCCGGAGAGCCGUAUCUUCUCACACUGGGUUUGCAUUAUUCAGAGUUUUGGCACGUGUGAUGUUCCCAGCUGGGUGUUUGUUCUCUUUUCAGGUGAUCACUAUGGGCCGGCUGCCCCAGCCAUACGUAAGUUCAGAUGUAGGCUAGUUUGAGGCUCACGACGAGAAGUAUUUACUAAGGUCAGGUUCACACAUUACAAAUCAAAACGAGCUGCAGCUCAUUAGCAGUUAUGAAACAUUUACACCUUCAUCUGAACAGGGAAACCAACGGAAACUACACAGAAAAACAAAAAACAGAGCAAAACCAUGACUUUUUUUGGUUGACUAAGCUCACUAAACGAUAUAUGCAGCUCUAAUCGUCCGAACAUGAAGCUGAACACCCACAGCUCCAGGUCAGAGACUCAGCGGCUGCUGAAACUCUAAACUGAAGCUGCUGUUGUAUCUUAAACGGCGGUUAAACAGCUGCAAAGAAAUGCUAAAGAGAAUACAGGCAACGGCUACAAUGUCAUUCCGGUCUUUACUGGAUGUUACUUUCACAGAAAAAGUGGUUUUGUUUCCAUGGUAACAUGUUUACAGGUUCUGAACGUGUUCUCGUUGCGUUAAAACGUUGUAUGCAUUUGUUGUUACUAGUUAAGACACGACUUACAGAUUUGUGGGGCGAUGAAAUUCAGGAGAAAGACAGUUUGAAACUACCCAGUGUAACAGGGGACUUAGUAAAGACUUUAUGCACAAACUAACAUAUAAACUCAUGCAAAACUGGUGCAAAA